CCCUGAGCAAUGGUUGCUGCCGGCCUAAAACAACAACUGCGCGGCAAUCGUUGCUAUGUCUCGUUGGCCUGUUCGAUUGGCUCCAUCAGCCUGGCCUGUGGUAGCUUCCUGCAAAUACCCAAUACCACAGAUCGCAUCUCACUGCAGCGCGGCCUCUUCCUCACAUCGUUGGGUUUCAUCUAUUUCAUAUCGCUGACGGAUUUCUGCAACAAAUAUUUGCUGGAGACCCGGCAUGGCAUUAAAUUUCGUAAAAAAUAUCGUCUAAUGAUGUCCGAUGUUUUGGAUAUGACCAAUAAAAUUGUCUCCGCCAUUCAAGCAACCUUUUCAUUCCUGGUCGGUUUGAUUGUCUGCAAAUCGACAUGCAGCAAAACAUUCGUCUAUGCCUCGCAUUGCCUGAUGGAGGGCUAUGGAUGGUUCGGCACCGCCUAUUUCAUGUACGAUAUAUGGUCCAUGUAUAAAGUGCAUACCCAGAAGAUAGCCGAUAAGUUGAAGCUGAUGAAAAUGACCUCAUCGGCAUCAUUCACCCCAAAGCCUUUGGCCAAUGGCCAAUCGAAUGGCGGGCUCUAUGAUAAACACAUUGCUCGGACCUUUGCGGCAAAUGGUCAGCGUUUGGUGGCCUUGGAUGAGUCGUCGGCGGACACGAAUGGUGAUGAUAUGCAACACAUACGCCAUCAUGAGGAUGAAAUCUACGAUUAUGAUGGAGAGACAGUGCAGAUUCCCGAGAACGGAAAAUGGGGUUUCUUCAAGUAUCUGAUUACGCAUCCGGUUAUGAUGAUCCAUCACAUUUUUGUGGGCACUGUGGGUUUCUUGGUGGUGACAUACAUUCGCGGUGGCGGCCACUGCAUCUACAGCUACAUGUUCAUGAUGGAGUUCUCCACCCCGUUCGUCUCGUUGCGCAGCAUUCUCAGCACCUUGGGCCUAAAGGACAGCCGUUCCUACAUCAUCAACGGUCUGGUGAUGUUGUUCUCCUUCUUUGUGUGCCGCGUCCUGAUGUGGCCCUAUGUCAUGUGGCGUUACAGUGUCGAAAUCAAUGCGACCUUCUGGCAUGCCCUGUCCAAUCUACCCAUUGGCUGUAUCUUCGGGAUAUUGGUGUUGUUUUUGCCGCAGAUCUAUUGGUUCUUCUUAAUGUCCAAGGGGGCAAUAAAGGUUUUCUUCCCUUCAAAAUCCAGCUCCAAAAAAUCUUUGACAACAAAUGAAACAGAAGCGGCUGCUGCUGCUGUCAAUGAUUCCAAUCUCUCAAAUGCCACCACAAAUGGCAAAGUGUCCAACAGCAGCACCACAACCACCGCCACGACAUCGAUGGGAAAUGGUUCGUGUAAAACAAAUGGCAGCAGUCUAACAAAAACCAAAACCACCUAA